CGAACCAGUCCCCCUCCAACUUUCCACUGGCUCAACGUUUCGUCGAGCAUCAUGGAACGGACUUCAAGCGGCCUCUCCAUCUCCUCUGACGACGGCACCUACCACGAGUCCGUCUCGGCCUCGGACCCACCACCAACGGGCAUGAAGACCGACCUAGAAGCGGCCCUGGAAGCCGAGCGGCGCUUCCGCACCCGCUCGCGGGACUCCAAAGCGGAGCGCAUUCUCAAGACGCUCAUCUGUCCGCGCUCCCCGGGCGAGGAAUUCGAGAUCGACGACCCGGCCCUGCAGAACAUAUUCUUCGCGGCCAACGAGAUGUUCUUCUGCGGGCGGUUGAAGGGACGUGUCCGCUGGGACUGGUCCGACGUGUCGAGUGCACAGUACCGCCACGGGAUUCUGGGGACCACGGCACUUAGACGGAGGGCUAAGAACCGAGGAUAUGAGACGCUGAUCGUGCUCUCGCAGCCGCUGUUGCGGAGUGAACGGUACAAUCGAAGAUUGCUGAUUUCGACUUUCUUGCAUGAGCUCAUUCAUAGCUAUUUGUUCAUUCGGUGUGGGCCCAAGGCACGGCUUCGGGGCGGGCAUACGGAGGGAUUUCAUCUUAUUGCUAAUUUGAUUGAUCGGUGGGCGGGGCCGGAUAUACUCUUCUUGGGGAAUAUGGAGGCGGAUUUGGGACAGUUU